AUGGAGACCGCAGUGCCUGUUCCGUGCACUUUUUCUAGCCACGAUCUGGCUAAUGUCACUCAUCGACGCAUGAUGGCACCUCACCACGAGCAAAACAUCACUUACUACUCGAACCCGGCGCUUUCGUAUGCAGCUCCGAUCCAGUCCUCCUCGCUCGACUUCGGCCAUAUUCUGAAUACCAACCAGCACCCGGCGGCAUCCUACCACGGAUUCUUUGGACAGAACCAUUCGCAGCAGCAACCACCGCCGCCACAGCAGCAACAGCAGCAGCAGCAGCAGCACCCGCAUCAUCCACAGCAUCAUCCGCAACACCAUCCGCAACACCAACCGCAACACCCUCAUCAGCCCCAUCAACCACAUCCGCAGCACCAGCAGCACCCACCGCAUCAGCCUCACCCAUCUCACCAACCUCACCCAUCGCAUCAGCCGCAUCAACCGCACCAGCAGCAACAGCAUCAACCGCAUCCGCACCACCCACAGCACCCACAGCAGCAACAACCACCACCGCCUCCUCCUCACGCGCAACAUCCCCAGCAUCCACAGCAUCACCCUCACCCACAGCAGCAGCAGCAGCAUCAACAACCGCAGGCGCAACCUCAGCCGCACUUGCCACCUUCGCAGUCACGGUUGCCACCGAACCAACCCACUACUUUGCAACAGCCAAUUCAGGAGCCUCGGCACGCAAAGAAUGGCGUCUCUCGCAUGGUUGGGACACCGGCCACACGGGUUGAGGAAACGCAGCCUGCGCGUGCCCCUAUUGAUCAACCACCUCGGAGUGCCGAAAUCAGCAAGCUGCCGUCACCACCAGGUAGCAAGCCAGAGGUCGAGUUCUCCACCGAAAUCGAUACUCUCAUGAGGGCAAUUCAAUCAAAGCCACGAACCACGUCGCAAACUCAGCUACAACUGCCGCCACUCCAAAAGUUCAACAAUGGCACGUCUACGUCGAGUAACGUUGCCAUGCACGGGGGUGCUCCCGAAUGGGCUCAACCAAACUAUGGUGCUCCCAUGUCACAGGAACAGGCCCAACAGAUACAACAGCCCGGCUACGCCCCUCAUCAACAAACUCGUGGUGCGUCGAAGCAAAAGUCGCGACGCAAAUAUGAAUGUACUCUUCCCGACUGUCGCAAGAACUUUACCCAGAAGACCCAUUUGGACAUUCACAUGCGAGCUCAUACCGGUGAUAAACCAUUCCUCUGCAGCGAGCCCGGCUGUGGCCAACGAUUCUCUCAAUUAGGAAAUCUGAAGACUCAUGAACGGCGACACACAGGAGAGAAGCCUUAUUCCUGUGAUAUCUGUCACAAGCGUUUUGCUCAGCGAGGGAAUGUUCGCGCCCACAAGAUUACCCAUGAUCAAGCAAAGCCGUUUACUUGCAGGCUAGAUGACUGUGGAAAGCAGUUCACUCAACUCGGAAACCUCAAGUCUCACCAAAACAAGUUCCAUGCGCAGACUCUACGGAACCUCACUGUGCGCUUUGCUAUGAUAACUGAACCUGACAGAAUGAGCCCGCAGGACGCCGAGCUAUGGGAGUACUUUGCCAUGCUCUAUAAAAACAGCAACAAGGGAAUCAAAGGUCGUGGCAAGGAUCGUCGUGUUUCGUCAACUGCCAAAACCCGCGCGAAUUCUACCAAGACGACCACCUCAGAUGCCGCUGCCAAUAAUAUCAUCAGUUCUGCUCCUGCUCCUGCUCCCGCCGCCCCCUCAAGUAGCAGAAUGCCCGCACACCAGCUCCCUCUUGGCAGUGAAGAAGAAGCGAAGCUGAUGCGAGAGAGAAGCUACCAUCGUGGUACUUACCUUGGGACACCCAGCAGUGAUGAUGUUGAAUUUCAUGAACAGAUGUAUCAACGAGGCGCGCACUGA